AUGCUCCGCGCUCGCGCUGCUCCCGCUAUGAGGAAGAAGCCGAGGCCGCAGGCCGGCGGCGUACCCGGGCGCGAAGAAGUCAGGUUCCAGGGUGUCCGACUGUACCUGGUGGAGAGGAAAAUGGGCCGCAGCAGGAGAAGCUUUCUGACCCAGCUGGCCAGGUCGAAGGGCUUCAUGGUGGAAGACGUCCUCAGCGAUGCGGUCACUCACGUGGUGUCUGAGGAUUGCCAGGCUUCAUCUCUUUGGACGUGGCUGAGAGGACGCGACGUGAAGAAUCUACCCGCCAUGCAUGUGCUGGGCAUCAGCUGGUUCACUGACAGCAUGAAGGAGGGAAAACCUGUUGCUGUGGAGACCAGACACCUUAUUGAGGACACUUCGCCCGCGCUGCCAGACGGUACUUCAUCCACUCCCCUGCUCACGGUUUCUCAAUACGCCUGCAAGAGACGAACCACCACAGUAAACAACAACAAGAUUCUCACGGAUGCUUUGGAGGUGCUGGCGGAGAGCUACGAAUUCAAGGAGAUCCCGGGUCGAUGCCUGGCCUUCAGGAGAGCCUCGUCUGUCCUGAAGAGUCUGCCCUGGGCGGUGCGAUGCCUGCGGGACACGGAGGGUCUGCCCUGCCUGGGGGAGCACUCCAAGGCUGUGAUGGAGGAGAUCCUUCAGUCUGGCCACUCUUUUGAAGUCGAGAAAACCCUCUCCGAUGAGAAGUAUCAAACUCUGAAGCUGUUCACGAGUGUGUUUGGGGUUGGACCCAAGACGGCGGAGAAGUGGUACCGUGGGGGGCUGCGCUCGUUCAGCGACGUUCUGGCGGCGCCCGGCAUUCAUCUCAACCGGAUGCAACAGAGUGGUUUUCUGCAUUAUGGAGACAUCUCCAGGGCUGUCAGCAAAGCGGAGGCCCGAGCCCUGGGGAACCUUAUUGACGAAGCUGUCCGCGCCGUCACGCCGGACGCCGUACUGGCGCUGACAGGUGGCUUUCGCAGAGGGAAGGAGUUCGGUCACGACGUCGACUUUAUAGUGACCACAAGAGAGCCGGGAAAGGAGGAAAAGCUACUCACCGGCAUUAUUGAAAGACUCAAACAACAAGGUCUUCUUCUGUACUGUGAAUACAACGCCUCCACCUUUGACAUGGUGAAGCUUCCCAGCCACCAGUUUGAGGCCAUGGACCACUUUGCGAAAUGCUUCCUGAUCGUGCGGCUGGAGGGCGGCCGGGUGGAGGGGGGUCUUCACGGCGCCGAGGGAGACGGCCGCGGCUGGAGGGCUGUGCGUGUGGACUUAGUGUCGCCGCCUAUGGAUCGUUACGCCUUUGCCCUCCUGGGUUGGACUGGCUCCAGGCAGUUUGAAAGAGACCUGAGGAGGUUCGCUCGAGCAGAGCGGCGGAUGCUUCUGGACAACCACACUCUGUACGAUAAAACUAAGAAAGAGUUCCUGGCAGCCACGACUGAAAAGGACAUCUUUGCCCAUCUGGGUCUCGAGUACAUUGAGCCUUGGCAGAGGAAUGCGUAGGCCUCCGCUCCUCUCUGGCUGGAUUGAUACCCUGUGCGAACAUCAGUGUUCAUCCCAUCUGCUUGCUGCGUCGCAGCUCUUGUGUGAUUCGCUUUCAAAUGUCUUUUGAUUUCCGUGCACUUUCACACUGCUGUUGCCAAUAUUGUUGUUGUUGUCUGGAUUACAUGCUGAUGUAUGAUUCAUAACGCUGUUUAUUC